AUGCGUUCGGGAUGGAUAGCUCUGGCUCUUCUUUUCUUAUAUUUAGUGAUAGUUUUUAUUGCAUUUCGAAUUCUUGAUUUGAUUUACUUCUGCCAGUAUGGAUUACCCUCUACAACUAUUGUAGACCCCUUUCUUUUGAGUGUGAAACAGCUUAAACAGUUAUUGGAAGUAAGAGGAGUGAGCUAUACUGGAUAUGUGGAAAAAAAGGAACUUGCUGAACUUGUGAAAGAUUCAGCUGAUGUUCUUCAAGAAGAAUUAGAGGAACUUAGCGAUGAUAUCGAAGAUAAAGAAAAGUUAACUUCAACCCCAGAUCCAUCACAGUUUACCAGUGCUUCUCAUUUUUAUGAAGAAGUCGAAGACACUAAAGAUAGUGUUUGGCUGGUGCAUGUAGUUGGUAAAGACACACUUUUGGAUGACUACACUUGGAGGGUAGUGCGAAAGAAAGUAGCACCGUUUGCAAUUAGGACUGGAGUCUUUAAUUGUAAUCAUGACCCUAGGCUUUGUAAAAGGAAGGGAUGGAAGGAACCUUUGCUAUUACUUGCAAUGCCUCGCGGAUCUAAACCCAAAGACAAGGUCAUUCUUAGGACAUGCCACUUGAAUAGGCCACAGGCAAUAAUUGAAUGGUUGAGUGAAGAACUCUCUGUGAGAGUGAAAAAAGUAUCAAGUUUACGAGAAGUUGAAAAUGAGUGGUUGGACAGUCCUGGAAAGAAAAAUAGCACCUCAACUUCUGAAUCAAACCUUGCAGUUAAAGUAUUGCUUUUCACUCACCUGUUGCACCCUCCUCUUUUCCUUGCUGCACUCAGUAUCAAAUUUACUGGUAGAAUAACUUUUGGCAUAUUUAGUGUAAAAAAAGAUGAUCAGAAAAUUGGAAGAAUCCCUCUGUAUCUUAUUAUCACUCCUGAAAAAACAUCAAUAUAUGGAAGGAGAAGAAAGGAACAAUUCAAUCUUAUUUCUAUGAACGCUUUUUUGAAAAGUAUUCAGCCAGAAAUAAAUGAUAUAUUCUUAUGUAGUUUGGUACUUGUCAACAUGUUUGCUAUGUUACAUUUCUCCCAGGUAUUUACAGAUUCCUGGUGGAGAAUUAUUGUAGCCAGUAUUUGGACAAUAGUAACCUAUAAUCUGUUGUUGUUUGCCUGCUGGCUUUGUGUUUGUGGUGCUUUGAGGUGGCCUGUUCUAUCCUUUUUUGGAAAAUCAGCAUCAUCUUGGCUACGGUGGUUCAUACUUUCCAAUGUAGGAAGCUUGGUUCGCUCGGACUGGAUUUACCUCCUUCAUUCUUAUCCUUUAUUCAUAUCUUCCCUUUUUAUUUUUGGAAGGCUGGCAAGUCUUAAACUUCCACGUUCGGCAAAUAGAGACAGUUGGUGGGAAAUUGAUUGCCUUUUUCGACCAUCUGUUCAGCCAACUAUCGGACACUUUGAAUUGGAAGAAGGACUUCUUAUUGAGCGUCUAGCAGUACCUUCAUUUUGGCUUACUCCUGUCACUUCUCCUGAUUAUAUCAAGAACUUGAGAGUAUGGAAGUUCAUUAAGAAAAUUAAGAAGGACAGUCCUGAAGCGAUAGAAACACUCAUGGACAGUAGCAACGCUGAAAUUGUUAAAACUCUGUCAAAAGGUGAUUUUCCUCUGGUCAUUGAAACAACUGAAUGUGCUAUUUGUCUUGAAAAGUAUCGUACAAAUGUCAGCUUAUGUGGUCUUCCUUGUGGACAUAAUUAUCAUCACAAGUGCAUUCUAAUUUGGCUUCAAAGGGAUAAUCACCACUGUCCGAUUUGCAGAUGGCCGGCUUAUAAACAAAAACAAAACUAA